GAACUGACGUACCGGAUGUGUUGCAUGUCACGUGUUACAGUUGAGGGCGCUAUCUCCUUCUGUACACCACCACCAUCAACAAAGACCAACCAGGAGUCAUAACACCUAUGAUGGACUUCUGUGAGGUAGAGGUCAAUGAAUGCGAACAUGGGAGAUACGGCCACAAUUGCCCCACCGAUUGCCGCUUAAGGGAAUGCAAGGGGGACAGCUCUCGUUGUGACCAGGGAACUGGUGAGUGUAUUGAGGGUUGCCGUGGAGGUUACAGAGGACCCGACUGUAUGCGACCAUGUGAGGAAGGACACUAUGGUGCUAACUGUUCCCGCAAGUGUGACGACAGACACUGCAAACAUCCUGAUGCCUCAUGUAACCACGUGACAGGUGAAUGUGUUCACAACUGCCGCAAUCCAGGAACAGGUGGUGUGAAAAAUCAAGCGUGUAGACCAGGUUGGCAGGGAUUGGACUGUGUGGCAGAUUGUUCUUCUGGGACGUUCGGAGACAAGUGUUCGGGUUCAUGUGGUGCAUGUCUGGACAGUGAGCUGUGUCACCGUGUCAACGGAACUUGUCCAAGAGGCUGCAGUGACGGAUGGUCAGGGCACCUGUGCAAGCAGAAAUGUAUCUGGAUGACGUACGGCGCCAACUGUUCAGAAACCUGUGAUGCGUGUCUAGACAAUGACACGUGUCACCAUGGCAACGGAAGAUGUCUGAGAGGUUGCAAGGAGGGAUUGACAGGGGAAUUCUGCACACUAAAUCAAAAAUCAGAUGGUGGCGGUUUAUCCCCAGUGGUAUCUGGCAUUCUUGAUGCCGUGACGAUGCUUGUAGCUGUUGCCGCUAUUGGUGGCGUGUGGUGUUUGUGGAGAAGACAUAUUAUAAGGGAGCAGUCAAUGAAUUCUGCAGGACCUAUCGUGACCACGUCUGUGACAUCGAAUGACUCUGAAAACAACUAUAUAUCACUGCAUAGAACGCAGACAGAACUGUACGAGAUCAUCAGACCAACAGUACAAUACAACAGCGAAGGCGUGGAUAUUUAGGCUUAAACUUAUCUCACACACGUCAAAGUUGAGAAAAGAAAUAUGUCAACACAGGUGCAGGGAACUCGGCAAGUGUAUUUAAUGCGCAUCAGUGAUUCAUACUGCAAAACUGUAUCUGUGCCUUUUAUCAUGGUGAUUCAAUAUAUUCGAUUCAGAAUACAUUGAUAUUUCCACAACAACUAUACUGUCAGUCAUGCUAUGCGCACUUGAGGGCGUAUCAGUGUAUUGAAUUGAAUAAGGAACUAAGCCGAUUUGCCGCACAAACGUUCUUAUCACAGCUAAACUAAGCUUAUCUAAAAUAGAGAUAGAGAUUUUAAUGAUUGGAUUACUCUUUCUUUUGAUGAACCCUACCUAACAGCAAACAAACAAUACAAAGGAUUGUACUUUGAUACUAUAACGCACAUAUAUACAGAGAGCAGAGAUCUUAUUGUAUUUUGCAUUUGCCUUUGUUCUCAUGUAUUCUCAAAGUCGCGGGGGCACGGAUGGCCCAGUCGUC